AUGUCAAGUGUACAAGAACAGUAUAACGAUGUUAUGAGUAGUGAGGAUGACGAUGUUGAAAUGGUAGAUUCUGAGAAUGUGUCUGCAACUGUUGGUUGUGCACCUACAACUAUUUCAAUUGGAAAGAAAGGAAACAAUUCAAAGAAAUCUCGACUUAGAUCUGAUGUUUGGGACUUUUUUGACCGCGUUAAAGAGAAAGAUGGAACAGAGAAGGGAGUGUGUAAGGCUUGUAAAUUUGGAUAUAAAUAUGAAAGCAGCAAAGGCGGAACCUCAUCUAUGAGAAGGCAUGUGUGUCCUCAGCGUCAGUCUAAGGACAUAGGGCAGAUGAUGUUAUCUGCAAAGAACGGCCAGCUGUCUACCCGCGUACGCAAAUUUGAUCAAAUGAAGUUCCGGGAUCUUCUUUCAACAUUACUCAUUGCAAGAAACGUCCCAUUUUCGUUGGUGGAAUGGAAAGAAUUUAGGGAUAUAUGUAGGAUGUGUCUAACAUCUGACAUGUGGACUUCUGUUACGACUACAGGGUAUAUAAGCUUAACUGUGCACUAUCUUGAUCAAAAUUGGGAGUUAAAGAAGUAUCUUCUGAAUUUUUGUGAACUUCCACCACCUCAUACAGCUCUUAUCGUAAAAGAUGGACUUGUGAAGAUUGAUCCAGCUGUGCUUAAGAUAAGAAAGUCUGUGAAGUCCCUUAAAAAGUCUCAAGUGGAAUUCAACUUAUCUCAUGUUGGACAGCUGUCUUGUUUUAGAGUUGUUUUUGCUCAUUUAAAGGAGGUGGAUCCAGACUAUGAAGAUUGUCCAACUGAUGAAGAAUGGGGAAAAUUGAAGUUGUCACAAAGUUUCUCAAGACAUUUUGAUCUCACCGACUUUAUUUUCUGGGAGAUGGUAAAAGAGAUGCAAGAAAAAUUUAACAGUUAUUGGACGAACUUGAGUCCUAUAUUGUCUAUUGCACUUGUGUUAGAUCCUAGAUAUAAACUUCAUUAUCUGAACUUUGCUUACUCCAAGUUGUAUCCUGAUGUAAGAGUACUAGAAAGAAAAGUUAAUGAUGUGCGUGAUGAAAUGAAAAAACUUUAUAAUGAGUAUUGCAUCUUUUCAAGAGCUUCUGGAAUUGGAACUCAGAAUUUGGGUACUCAAACCGAUGGGAAUUCUGCCCAUCAAGGAAGUGAGUGGUACGAGGAAUACGCUGCAGCACAGGAAAAUGGUGGUGGUGAUCUGCAAUCUGACUUGUCAGAAUUAGAUCUAUAUCUUAGUGAGAAACAUCCUUGUCAACGGAAUCCAUCAUUCGACAUCCUAAUGUAUUGGAAAGGCCAGGAGCAACGAUUUCCAGUUCUUUCAAGAAUGGCUGGGGACAUCUUGUCAAUUCCUAUUUCAACCGUCGCUUCAGAAUCUGCAUUUAGUAUUGGCGGAAGGGUAAUUGAUCGAUUUCGGAGUUCCUUAUUACCUGAAAAUGCUGAGGCGGUGAUAACAACUCGUGAUUGGGACCUUGGAGUUGGAAAAGAAGAUUUGGAUGAGGAAAAUGGGCUUAUUGGAGAAGAUGUAUUAGGAUUUGAACUUGGUGUAUUGGAGGAUGAGGCAUUGGAGGAUGGCGAAAUUCAUAAUAAUGAUUAGUUGGAGCAACUCAAAGAUAGACAUGGAAAAUGAGAAUGUUUUUUGGACAAAUUGUUUUUUGGACAGACAAUUAUCACAGUGUCUCCAAAUUUUGUAUAGAAAAGAGAUUGGAGAUGUUUUUUU